AUGAAUCGUGUUUUAAAUUAUUUUGCACCAAGAAAUUCAUUUAUCGCUGAAAGAAUACGUUUUGGUGAGAAUUUUCGUGAAAUGAAAGUUUAUUGGACUGCUUUUGCUCCGAUGAGUGAAGGAACGGAGAAAUUUGUGGAAAAUUAUUUGCCAAUAAUUAGAGAGAACAAUCCUCAAAUUAAAUUUACGUUACAAAGGGGUUAUGUUAGUGUUGAUCCGUGGCUUAUUGGAAUUUUUGAAUUUGAGCGUAAAAGAAUUCAUCGUCUCUGUUGGAAAGAUCCUUGCCAAAUUUUGACGAUGGUAGAACAAUUUGCUGAGGGUGGAGAUUACCGAUCAAGUUUUCGCUGCAAAGUUGCCACAAUUCUUCCUCGUGGCCUUCAAAUUUGGGACUGUGAAACUAAAGGUCACGACAUCUUUACUGUCUAUAGUAAAUGGAAAGCUGACCCUCCAGAUCCAAAUUUAUUGACUUCUGCCACACAUCCACAUUUGUGUUAUAGAGGGGUUAGAACACACAGAAAGAGACCUAGAAAAGUUAAACAAUACAAAAAAUAA